UAUAGGUUUUUAUACUAUCGAACGACAUGUAGUUGAAAAUCAUUUGUCAAACAGUGUUUACGCUCUCUUCAUAUCUUGUUGUGCAGAGUACGCUGGGAACCAGAUUAGUGUUAUGGUUGAGUUGUUAUGAAUAUAAAUUAAUGCAGUUCCGUUGGUUUGUGUCUCUCCGUAAUGCACGAGGUGUUCCAGAGGUAAAUCGCGUUGUGCGAAAAAUCCCGAGAAUGUCUCAAGAUAUUGGAGAUAACAAGAACAAAGUGUACAAAGUUGUUCUGACGGGAGGUCCAUGUGGUGGUAAGACUACCGGCCAGGCUCGUCUGUGCACAUUCUUUGAAAGUCUGGGAUGGAAGGUCUACAGGGCCCAGGAGACCGCACUUGUUCUCAUGAGUGGCGGUAUCAAGUUCACAGAGCUGUCCAAAGAAGAUGCAUACAAGUUCCAAGAAAAUCUGAUCAAGUCGAUGAUGCAGAUUGAGAACACCUACUUUGACCUUGCCCAAACUUGCCAGAAAAACUGCCUCGUCAUCUGUGACCGUGGCAUUAUGGAUGGGUCUGCAUAUUUGCCUACAGAGGACUGGGAAAGGAUGCGGGCCGACAAUAAUUGGAGUGAGGUGCACAUCCGCGACAACAGAUAUAAUCAGGUGAUCCACAUGGUGUCAUCAGCCUGUGGAGCCGAGGCAUUCUACACGUGCGCAGGUCACAAGACACGGCACGAAGACAUUGAUGUGGCACGAAACCUGGAUAAAAUAACAGCUCAGGCCUGGGUUGGCCAUCCGUAUUAUGAUGUGGUUGACAACAGCACAGACUUUGAUGACAAGAUCAACAGAAUGAUUAAUACGGUAUGCCAUAGACUUGGCAUCGAUACUGGUGAUCGACUCCAGAGAAAUACACGGAAACGAAAGUUCCUCGUCAAGUGUAUGCCAGAUGAACAAAGUUUCCCGCCAUUCCAAGACUUUACUGUGAUCCAUGACUACCUGGUAACGCCGAGCCGUAAGAUGCAGGCUCGUCUCCGCAAGAGGGGUCAAGGAGGUGUUUGGACGUACACGCACACAAUCCGGCGCCCUGAGAUUAACAAACAGAGUGUGGAGAUGAGGAUGGCCAUCAAUGUCAAGGACUACAAUAUCCUGUUGAACCAGAAGGAUGAGAACCAUGCAACCAUACAGAAACAGCGGCGGUGUUUUCUUUGGAAAAACCAGUACUUCCAGAUGGAUAUCUACCGGGAGCCUUGUCCGGACAAGUGUAAAGGUCUGAUCCUGUUGGAGACGUACACAACCAAGUCCAUGUCAGAGCUCGAGCUACCGGACUUUCUUCAGAUUACCGAGGAGGUUACAGACGACCACAAUAACUUCUCCAUGUUCAACCUGUCUCUCAAGGAUUCCCUCCUCUCCUCGCCCAGUAGGACACGGGGCCUGUUUAACGACUCACCUAGCCAUGCUAAGCCACUUACUAACACGGGUGACAGAGACAAGAAUGGUAUUGAUGAUGAAUGAUGUUUACAUGGCCAUAGGAGAAUUCUUUGACUUUAUGUUUUUAAGAUUUGUAUAUGUUCAAGGAUGUCGAUAUCUCCAACAUUUCUUUUUCUGUUUCAAGCUGCAUGUGCUUACUCAUAAAAUUUCGAGUAUUGAUGUUUUUACUUUUGUUAAGCAUUUUGUUUUUGUAAAAAGAAUGUUUUUAAAGGUGUUCAUAUCAAAAGGCAUUCAUUUUCAAAGGUGUUCAUAUCAAAAGGCAUUCAUUUUCAAAUGAAGCAAUUUUUGUUUGUUUUUAUCUUUUAUUCAGGGAUACUUAACAGUACUCAAGUUCCAACUUUUCAUUAAUUGUCUUUGUUCAUGUUUUUCUGCUUUUACAUGAUGUUCUGUUCAGUCUUUAUUGCAUGUUAAUGUGCUAUUAAUUGUGUUGCCAAAGUAUUUUGCUUUAAAAUCUUAGAUAGUUGUGUCUAUAGUGCAUUGUUCAUUUGUUACAAAUUUAAGUAUGACUGAAUGUUUGAAAUUAAUAAUUGUUUGCAAUUUCUGUUAAUGUGGUCUUCAGUCUCAUAAAACAAAUGUCUAAUAUAAUACAAUUUACAUAUAGAUGCUUUGUAAGAAAAGAAAUAGUGUCGGUUUUGCUUCACACAAGUGAUGUGAUAGAAAAUAUUUAUAGUUUUAUUAUUGAACUGUCUUUUGUUAAUGUGCAGACAUACAUAUUCAAGAUACAUUUUAGUUUGCUUUGUAAGGUGCUUUUUUGCAACCAACUCAUGAGUGAGUGAAUUGUUUAUUUCUCUAUUUUGUUUAAUAGGAAAUUUUGAAUCAGGAAUGAAAAUGUGGAAGUCCGUUAAACGAGAUUUUGUAAAUUACUGUGGUAAAAUAUUACCAUACUGCUGUUAAUAAGAUAUUUUGUUAGUUCUACUGGGCCGACUAACUGUUUAUAAUUGGAUAUGUCCCGACAGGUUAUUUGCUGGUUUAAUAAUUAGAUAUUCAAAUGAUUUGAUUGGCCAAAGUUAUUAUACAGAUCCAAUAUUCAGUGAUUGAUCAAAAAAAAGAUACAACAGGGUAAGGUAUAUCAGAAAUAUAUCAAUAGAUUAUUUUAAUUCAGGAGUGACUGUUCUAGUUUCGCUGUUCAUUUGGUGAGUUCAUGGACAAUAAUUAGUGCACUGACCAAAUGUUUUCAUACAUAGAUGAACCUCAAUUCUUAAAUAUUCCAUGUUUAUAUUUACACAACUUAUUUGAAAAACCUCUGUAGGGUAAUCGAACCACAAAAUUGAAAAAUACUGCUUCCAAGAUAGUUGAACGUAGUUUGAAUUUGGUUGUUUGAACAGCGGCAUUGUCAAUGACAUCACUUGCUUCAUGGAUGUUACACACAUUAUACUGCAAUUAAACGUCAUUUGACCACAAUUGCAAAUGCCAUUUUAGUAAGAUCUCAAUAUUCGGAAUAGAUUGGGUUGAUGGGAAAAUUAAUGCAAUUGAAAGAACAUGCUUUUAUUUAGGGAAACACAAUAGAGUGUAAAUAUUGUGAGAUUAAGAAAAUCCAGUGCUAUUGGAAUGUUAUUAUGCAUUUUAUUCUUACAUUGUUUCAACAAAUUUGUUUACAUUAGGCAUUUUUUAAAAACUUUUAUUGGAUCUUGCAUUCAUACAUCCAAAAUGAAUGUAACUUUGAAUUUUACAAGAAUACAACACUGAAGGUGACUCAAGUAUUGAUGAAAAAGCAUACAUAUAUUGAACUUGGAUCAUGUCAUUUCAGUUUGUUGUGAGCUAUUGGCUAUGUUUUUACAACUAUCUGAAGAUAUAAAUCUUGCAUUAUGUUAUUUCAAGAUGUAAACUGAGUUAUUGUGUUCAUAACGUUGAAUCUCCUGGCUGUAUAAUGUGGUAAUAUUUUUUCAUGAAUGAAAUUGUAAUUGAAAAUUUGGUUUGAACCAUUAUGUAAAAAUUGUAAUAUUAAUGUCAUACAUAAUAAAAAUGAAAAAAUA